AUGUCUUGUGUCUCUCCCUUUUGGCCAAUAUGCCUUUCCCUGUUUCUUCUCUUUGUUUUGAUCUUUCCUACUUGCAAAGCUAUCUCUUCAUUGGGAAAUGAGACUGACAACUUGUCCUUGCUCAAAUUCAAGGAAUCAAUAUCCGACUAUCUACACCAUGUCUUGGACUCUUGGAAUACUUCUAAUCACUUCUACAACUGGUACGAAGUCACUUGUGACCACAAGCAUCACAGAGUUACAGAGCUGUGGUUAAAUGGAUAUGGCUUGCGUGGAUCUAUAACUCCACAUAUCAGCAAUCUCUCCUUCGUAAGAGUCAUUGUUCUUGACAACAAUAUGUUGCACGGAGAAAUCCCACAAGAAUUUAGUCAUUUGUUUCGGCUGCAAACACUUUUCAUUGGCAACAAUACACUCGGUGGGACAUUUUCUAUCAACAUCACAAGUUUCUCUGAACUCAGUAACUUAUCAUUUGGUGGACAUAAUCUUAGUGACAGGAUAUCGAUGGAGAUUGGCUAUCUCCAUAAGCUUAAAAGGUUACAUCUAGUUAAAAACGACUUUAGUGGGCAAAUCCCAAUGUCUAUGUGGAAUCUUUCUUCCCUUACUCUUCUUCCAAUUGGGGAAAAUAACUUGAAGGGGAGUAUGCCUGAAGAAAUAGGCUUUCUACAAAAAUUAAGAAUUUUUUAUAUAAGCAGGAACAAGCUUUCUGGUGCAAUUCCUUUUUGUCCGUACAAUUUGUCAUCUCUCAUUGUACUUGAUGUUGAAGGAGGAAAUAACUUUGCAAGGAAAAUUCCAAAUCUUGGAAAUUUUCACAACCUUUCAAUUCUGGAGCUUGAUAACAAUAGUUUAGGAAGCAAUUCAUCUAAAGACUGA